GGGCUUUCCCUCCCCUGUCUGGGUAUCAAAACGGCGCGAUAACGAUGGUCCGGCAGUGAUCGCUCAUGACGGCGCGUUCCAACGAUUCGGGUUCGGCGCAACUUCGUUAGCGAAUCUUCAUCUGAACGGGUUUUCUGAUAGAUCAUCCUGGACAUUGCACACUUCUGGAAAUCUGAGACGUUCGGCAGUCGGUAAGAAGAGUCAUUCUGCCUGCCUCGGUUACGACAGCUUCACAAAUGCGGUCCAAUAGCUUCUGAUCUCCCUCUCCGUCCUCUGACACGCCGUCCAUCCCGAGGGAGCUCUACACAUGGAUCACACUCUUGUAAGGUCAGGUACAUGAGCUCCGCUACGUUUAGUUGCAACGACACACAUCAAUCCCCAAGCUACCAGCCGAGCUGCCCUACAACUUCUCGGCAUUUUACGUGCCUGGCACCAGGCAGUUCUCAGUCAGUCACAUGGCGCUCGAACUUCACAUAUGGGGCUCGGCUUUCGGCCUGCCAUCCAUAGACCCUGAAUGCCUUGCGGCCCUCUCAUAUCUCGGACAUGCAGUCCCACAAGAAGAUUGGUCACUGGUCGCUAGCAAUGACGCAUCUGUCAGUCCUGAUCAUAUCCUCCCUGCACUCCAUCAUGAAGGUACAUGGACUUCGGGGUACACGAACAUUGUAUCCUAUCUUGGCCAACGGAACCCAGUAUGGUCGAUUGAUGGUACCCUCAGCAAGACCCAGCAGGCUGAUACCCUGGCGUACUCGUCUUACAUUCUAUCUCGAGGAUCAGCUCUCGUUGCAUUCUCUCUCUACGUCUCGCCAAGCGCCUGGGUGGAUCUGACUCGGCCGGCGUACUCGUCGCUCCUACCAUUUCCGCUGACAUGGACAGUUCCACUAAAAAUCCGCUCCGCCGCUAUUGCGAAGACGGAACACCUUGGCUUGAAUCACCUGGCUGCGGAUGUUGACCCUGAAGACGGAUCUUCUGAGUCAAACAAAACCACGGCCCCCAUCACAUCCACGGGCUUCCUCCGGUUGCCCAUCAAGCCCACGGUGAGUGAAAGCAUGGCGCCGGAGCAGCUGGCUGCUAUCCGUUUAAAAAGCAUAAGCGAGGAUUUCUUUUCUGUGCUGGGCGAGGUGCGUGGAGGCAAUAGAUACUUUUUUAGACGAGAUACGCCAUCGUCACUGGAUUUCCUGGCGUUGGGUGUUCUAGAGCUGCUCCGUGUCAAGACACCACAUCCUUUUAUGAAGAACUGUAUGGAGCGAAGCCAAGCCGGGCAGCUUCUGGAAGACUUUCUGCAUCUUAUGCACACCGAGCCGAUCAUAUGGGAAGCUGGAAACCCUGGCCAACAUUUGCCUUGGGCGAGUCCUAGCCCACGGGGAGCGCUCGGUACACUGGGUCAGUUCACAGAAAAUGUUGUCCAAAACGUGCCUGGCAUUGGGGACAUCUGGAGACAGUGGCGUGGAGAAGGUGUGAAGGCUGAAGACCUAAAUCGGGAUCCAGCACAUGUUCUCCUAGCAGUCGGGGGUACGGUGACAGCUCUUGUAGCAGUCGGGGGUGCUAUGUUCUUCCGUUCUUUGCCCCCGUUCGGUGAACCCACACAAUACUUCGAGGCGCCACAAAAUCCAAAGACUGGACUUGACCGAUUUGGAGAGAUAGGGGCCAUGUUCAACAGUCUACCUGAUUUCGAAGCCAAGCCCCGCCAACCGCAAAACCAUAAUGACACAGUGUAUAAGAGCAAUGGUAUCGAGGUAGCAGUUGAUGUUGAGGAGGAAGGGUCUGGACUACAACCCCCUCGCGACGGAAACUCUGCAGAAGUCGGAGUUGAUGUCAAGAUUGGUGAUAACGCCCGUAGAGCUUAGGCAAACCUAAGCCUACAUACUGCAUCGAUCGGCGGAGUGUGACACUCUAUGUUGUGGCAUUCUGCCCUGGGUAUAUUAUUCUCGUGGAAGAUGAAGCGUCGACUGCGAAUCGAAAUGUAAACUAAAAGUGUAUAUUUACCUCUGAGAUACCUUAUAGCCUGUCUGAAUGAUACCACUCUGAUGACUCUU